AUGGAUGACACUAUCGCAGAACCCAUCGUCAAUCGCGAUGAGCCUAUACCUGUCAUAUUCUCCGACAAGCAGAAACAUGAUACCAAGCAUUCGCGAGCUGGGGGGCACAAGCGAUCAGUCUCGGGGGCUGGGCGGUCUCUGCAGGACAGGCUAUUUUCCAAAAUUCUGGAGCAGGUAGUGCCUACAGAAGAUGCCGAUAAGGAAUCAUUGUCAGACAAGUCUCUCGCCGCAGACCCCAAGCGGCCAGCCUUCAGCCUACCUCUCAUGGCAAACAACUUUCGCAGAUUCAAUGCAAGAAUUGGAAUUGUCUUUACGUUUCAAAUCCAGGUUGAACGUCUGUUCAGCUGGAAGAAAACCUCCCACACGCUUUCGUUUCUCUUCAUCUAUUCGUUCAUCUGCCUGAACCCACACCUCUUUGUACUGAUUCCUAUCUCUAUCCUUCUGUUCUUCAUCAUGGUGCCUGCAUUUCUGGCGCGGCACCCUCCCCCUCCGUCAACAUCUACCUCAAGUAUUAUGCCCUAUUACUCGUACGACGGCCCGGCACUGGCACCUGCGAAAACUAUCAAGCCAGCCUCAGAGACCUCGAAGGAUUUCUUCAUGAAUAUGCGAGACUUGCAGAAUUGCAUGGCGGACUUCUCCGACGCCCACGACGCCAUGGUUUCCGCCUUUGCACCUGUGACCAAUUUCUCCGACGAAAAGCUUUCGUCAGCGGUGUUCUUACUGUGUCUGCUCGUUGCCGCUCUUCUGUUCUUGACUGCCCAUCUCUUUCCUUGGCGCUUGGUCUUCCUGGCGGGCGGUAAUCUCGCUGUAUUCUCCCUGCAUCCUCGUUUUCACCAGUUUGUCCAGGCUGUCACAGCGGGCCUCUCUUCGCAACCUUCAGGAACGGAAUCCAUGGCCGAGAAACAACUCAGGAGUGCGGCCAACGCUGCUGGAGUUCCACUACCUGCCUCCUCCUCUAGUGCCAUGUCCAUGAUGGGCUCCUUGGCCAAUAUCUCCCUGGAUUCUGACACCGAAGAACGCGAGGUCGAAGUCUUUGAAAUUCAGUAUCGCUCUUUGGCGCCAUAUGCCGAUUCUCAAUGGGACCAUUUCCUGUUCAGCCCGAUGCCAUAUGACCCACUCUCGCCACUUCGCAUUGCGGGCGACCGUCCCAAGGGGUGCCGGUUCUUCGAAGACGUCCAACCCCCGAGCGGUUGGGCAUGGAAGGGCAAAAAGUGGGAGCUGGAUCUAGACUGUCGCGAGUGGGUGGUCGAGCGCAUGAUCACGGGGGUCGGGUUCGAGGUGCCGGGAAGCGCUGAAGACCAAGCAGCCGGUGGAGAGAUCGGGGGCUGGGUCUGGGAUCUGCCUCCUGCAUUCGUCACGGAUGACAAUGGUGUGGCAUCUGGGCCUGGGGGUGAUUCGGUUCACGAUUCCACCAGUGAUAGAAAGGCGUCUGCCAAGAAUAAGAAGGGCAAGGAACGCUCGCAAGACUAUGAAGAAAGAGGUAAUACCGGAGGAAUGGGCGAGUGGAGAAGGCGGCGGUGGGUUCGCGUGGUACACAGAACUAGUAUGCCGGCUGGUCAGCAGCAGACUACAAGUGAUGAGACAGGCUGUUCCUACGAGCGAGGACUUAUCCGAGGAAUCAUGCGAGCAAGGCUUAUGCGAGUGAGGAAUCACGCGAGGAAGCGCGGUCGUGGCAGUCUUUGUCGCCGUGACUCAGUCACUAGGUGGUCAAUUCUGAUGCUGAUAGACAUGAAUGAUGGAGAUGCUAGCUCCUGCCAUUGGCUCUGGGACUCCCCCCACGCGCGACCGUCGCUCUGUGCUUUGGAGUACCUCUCCCUUGCACCAGCGAUAGUUAUUUUGGUCAUUGCACUGAGCCAUUUAACCUCACAUGGAGUUCUGCUGAGAUGUCCAAAAUGGAUGCAUCCAUUCAUUCAGGAGCAGCCAGCAUCGAUAGAGCUGCCCGUAGACCGGCCACAGCAACGGGUUGGCUGGGUUGUAGCCCUGUUCGCCAUCUCGAUGAUUGGAUUCCUCGCUGAAUUGACCAGCGUCAUCCUCAGCGGGCUUUUGAUCUACAUCGUGUUACCUGUAUCCUGGGCUGUGGCGGCUGCCAUGAUUGCCGUGCUGCGCCCGAGAUCGUGCCCUACAUCCCUGCUUGCCUUUUUUCUGAGUGCAUUGGUGGUGGAGUUCGCAUAUAUCAUCAAUGAUGAUGUGUAUAAUGUCUCUAGACUCUUCACCCGUCAUGUGGCUGCUGCUGCUGCUUUGGCCGGCUGUACGGUCAUCCUUGCAAUGCCCUUUCGCAGCCAUAGUCUCCCGCAGGACGACAUCAGCGCCGUUGGCCAACCGCCAUUCAGCAACUCCCGUAGCCCAGAGGACAACCUGCGACUUUGGCAGUUCCUGAGUGUGUCUUGGAUGGCCCCGCUGAUAUCUGUAGGCAGGAACAAACAAUUGCAGGAGGAAGAUGUGUGGUUUCUGGGAUACGAGUUUCAGCAUCGCAGACUGCACGAGAAGUUCCGUCAACUGAAAGGUUCCGUGCUGGGAAGGUUACUUCAAGCGAAUGGAAUCGACGUUCUAAUAAUAACGACGAUUUCCAUUGUGCAAAUGCUUUGCGAUUUCUCUACCCCUGUCUUGCUGCAGCAAUUGUUACAGGCGAUGAAGGAUCGAAGCACGUCCAAUAGGCCGGCUUUGACCUAUGCAUUGCUGAGUCUGGUGCUUCGCCUGGUGCUUGCGCAGGCUCAGGUCCUCAAUCUGUGGUACGGGAGACGUGCCUAUGAACGGAGUAGAGGCGAGAUGAUCAUGAUGGUCUAUGAGAAGGCACUUUCGAGAAAGAACGUCUUCGAUCAGGAAAUAAGUGAGAAGGAAGAUGGAGCUGAGCCCUCUGAAGAAACGGAUGAUGAGACAGAAUCGAAUUGCCGGCCAAAGAGGUGGUGUUGGCCCUUCUCGCGCCCCAAAAGGGUUACGCACAAGGAGAAGAUUAAGAAGACAGCUUCCAUGGGCAAGAUCUUCAAUCUACUGCGUGGGGACGUCUACGAAGUAGCCCAGAGGUUCUGGGAAAUCGACUCCUUGAUUGACAAACCGCUGGGGCUUAUCAUUGCGACUGUUCUCGUCUGGAAGCUCCUCGGGCCGUCAUGCUUUUUGGGAGUGAUAGCCAUCUUGGUUGCGCAGACGCUUAACGCCUUGAUCACUCGUACACUUCUUCGCUGGGAACGUGUACGUCGCCUUGCAACAGAUGCACGACUCCAAAUAUCUUCCCAAUUUGUUGAGGCUCUGCGGCAUUUGCGUUGGUACGGCUGGCAGAACCAUUGGCUUCGUCAGGUAAUGGACGCCAGGCAGUCUGAGUUGAAUCUACGAAUUGUCACUAGUCUUUGGAACGUGCUUAUUCGCUUCAUCAACACCCUUGCUAGUGGGCUGUUCCCCGUGGUCGCAUUAUACGCUUACACCUUUCUGGCUGGAAACCCGCUGCGCAUAGACAUCAUCUUUCCUGCUCUUCAACUAUUCACAAUGCUGGAAACCCGACUGAGAGAUAUUCCGAGUCUCAUCACUGUGCUCAUAAACGCCUCAAUUGCUAUGGAGAGAAUCGAAGAUUUCAUGGCAGAGCCGGAUAAAGAGAGAACGCCAAUUACUGCCGACCGCCCCUCUCUCAUCAAACUGGAAUCAUGUACUUUUGCUUGGCCUGGGAAAUUAUCACCUGUACUUUCCAAUGUCAACCUGGACGUGCCCCAAGGUCUGACCGUUAUCCACGGCAAGGUGGGAUCCGGCAAGACAGCUUUGCUUCAAGCCCUACUGGGCGAGCUGGAUAGAUUGGAAGGAAACUCCUAUCUCCCAAAUGAGAUGGUCGGGUUCUGUGCCCAGACCCCAUGGCUUCAGAGCAUGAGUAUCAGGGAUAACAUUCUAUUCUCUUCGCCAUUUGAUGAACAGCGUUACAAGCUGGUGCUGGAUGCUUGUGCACUCAUACCGGAUCUCUCCAAUUUCAAGCAUGGGGAUCUGUCUUUUGUGGGUGAGAAUGGUAUCGGUCUCUCCGGGGGCCAGAAGGCACGGGUGGCUCUGGCACGGGCGAUGUAUAGUUCAGCCAGGAUACUGCUACUUGACGAUCCUCUUUCAGCCUUAGACCACAACACAGCGGAGGCAGUUGUCAACAAAUGCUUCCUGGGGCCGCUGAUGCGCAACCGGACUGUGGUUCUUGUCACCCACCGAACCCACCUAGUCGGUGAAAUUGCCGACCAGACUGUUCACAUCGAAAAUGGGAAGGCCAGGGUAGAAACGAACCAGAAUGUGUCGUCUCAUGGCAGCGAUGACCGAGAAGGUGCUCUGUCGGAAAGCACAGACACUGCAAACGAGGGUGAAGUUUCUCUCGAGGAUGCCUCUGCUGCAAUUCCCACGAAGUUCAUAGAAGAAGAACAUAGAGCAGAAUGGGGAGUGCAGGCGCGGGUGUAUUGGAAGUACAUCCAAGCUGGCAAAUACCGCUGGUGGCUGGCGCUCUUUGCGGUGCUGACAAUCUAUCGCUUGUCUUCCGUUGGCCAGUCAUGGUUUCUCAAGGAGUGGGGAGAGGCAUACAAGCAGAUGCUCUUAUUUUUCGGACAAUCGAACCUCAACCGUCUGUCUUCCCGUGCGGAACUAACUACCGCCUCGACGAUUGCAAACAACAUCCACUGGGCGCCGCGGGACCCAUUUGAUGGCUUCCCCGCGCCAGAUGAGAAUGUGAAACCCUGGCUGGUAGCAUUUUUGAUCAUUACAAGUUUUCAGUCAUUGAUGCUUCUGCUCGCACAGCUUCUGAUGCUGGUGAUCGUUUAUUGCGCCGGCCGAACACUGUUCGAGGAGGUGAUGGUACGGGUGAGCAACGCCACGUUCCGAUUCUUCGAUGUGACACCGGUGGGCCGACUGAUGAAUCGACUAACUUCCGACAUUGGAGUGGUCGACGGAAACAUCAGCGAACAGUUCCAAAUGAUCGCGUUCCAAGCCAUCACCUGGGUGUCCUCGAUCGCCGUGAUCGCAACUGUGACCCCGACAUUUCUCGGGUUCUCGCUCCUGCUCACCACGGCCUUUGUCCUCAUCUUCCGACGUUUCCUCCCCACCUCGCAGAGCCUGCGACGCCUGGAGAUGGUCUCGCUAAGCCCACUUAUCUCCAACUUCGGCGAACUUCUGCAUGGCCUGACCACCGUGCGCGCCUUCCACGCCGAAAGCCGCUUCCAGAACCGCGUCAUCGCCGUCGUCGACAAAUUCCAGGGCAUGGACCACUUCUACUGGUCACUGCAGAGCUGGCUCAUGUACCGGUUCGAGAGCCUUUCCGCGGCUUCGACCUUCUGCCUUACUGUCCUCGCGCUGUACACCAGCGUCAGCCCGGGGCUGGCAGCCUUCGUCCUGAUCGCGGCCCACAACUUCGUCACCUCCACCCACGCCCUCUGCAAGCAAUACGGCCAGCUCCAAAUGGACUUUGUAUCGGUCGAGCGAGUCGACGAACUGCUGCACGUGGAGCAGGAGCCACCCGGCACGGUUGACCCCCCGGCCUCAUGGCCCAAAUUCGGCCAGGACAUCGUCUUCGAGGACGUGACGAUCCGCUACGCGCCGCACCUCGACCCCUCCCUCCGCAACAUCUCCCUGCGCAUCCCCGGCGGCUCCACGACGGCCAUCAUCGGGCGCACCGGCAGCGGCAAGUCCACACUGGCUGUCGCGAUGCUCAGCGUCGUGCGGCCGGAAUCCGGGCGCAUCCUCGUCGACGGCCUGGACAUCGCGCAGGUCACGACGCAAGCGCUGCGCUCCCGCGUCACGUUCGUCGCGCAGGACCCCGUCCUGUUCCCCGGGAGCAUUCGGCUCAACCUCGAUCCGACGGGCGAGUACUCCGACGCCGAAUGCGGCGAGGUGCUCAAGCGCGUCUGUAGCCGUCACGGCUGGAGUCUCGAGACCUCCGUGGAAGCCGGAGGCCGCAAUCUGAGCCAAGGCGAGCGGCAGCUGAUUGGCCUCACGCGGGCGGUGCUGCGGCGCAGUCCCAUCGUCAUCCUCGACGAGGCGACGGCGUCGAUUGACCAUGAGAGCUCGUUGGAGAUCCAGCAGAUCCUGCGCGAGGAGAUGAGGGAGUCGACGGUGGUGACCAUCGCGCAUCGGCUGGAGGCGAUCAAGGAUGCGGAGUAUUAUAUUGUGUUGGAUAAGGGAGGGGUGUCGGAGCAGGGGUAUGUUCGGGAUAUGUGA